AUGUCUAAUAUGCCUUCAAGCAACGAAAACUUCACCACUAAAGGUGUUCUCACGGACGAGGAAAUCACAUGGCUCGAGAAAAUGUCAAUAAUUGAGCCAGUCUCAUUUGAAUCAAAACACACUGGUGUCUGCACUGUCACACCAGACCGUCUUCAGACGAAGCCAUGGCUACUACAGCAUGCCCCAGAUCCAACCGAAGACAAUGACAUCGACGCAGGAAAGCCAUACCAAGUCAAUAUCCUGCUGGCAAAAGAGAGUAUUUCCGUCCUCGAGUUCCUUGGCUUCAAACUAGUCGCUGCGAGAGAGCUCUGGUCAGGUUUCACUCGCCAAACGUCCUCACCAAAGCCAGUCGACUUCAUGGACUACGUCUAUGAACACAUCAGUCUUCUCCAGACACCCACGUUUAGGACAAUGGAUGUGGAAAAAGCCCUGCUGCUAAUGGGUCUUGAGAGAGACUUUGAACAUACCUUGUUUGAUCUUAGAUUUUCUGUUCAAGCCAAAUCGAAGGGUCUUUACGCCAAGGUGAAGCAUAUUUUCGGGGACAGGUAUGCUCGGAUUUGUUGGUAUCAUAAAGCACUAAAAGAGCAAGCUGGUUGGUAUCAUCGUGCACUCAUGUCUGACGUUAUAAAGCACUAUGCUUGUUGA